AUGGACCAGUACCAAAGUAAGAACAUCAAUAAAGCUCUAUUAUUGGCUCUCAUCGGCGUCGUUUCCGUCUACCAUGACCUUGGUCCCGGGAUGGUGGAACAGGGAGACAAAUUCAUUGCUAGGGCCGAGACUCUUAUUCUACAGGAUUUGGAGAACCCGUCAGUCCCUAAUGUGCAAGCGCUUAUCUUCAUAAUCAAGCAUAGAGCAUACCGGCGUCGAUUUACCAGUGCUUUCGCUCUAACGGCCAUUGCUAUCCGCUCUGCAAUGGGUCUCAAACUCAAUUAUGACGACCCAAAGCUGGACUUCCUAACUCAAGAGUGUUGCAGAAGGACUAUGUGGUCCAUGUACCUCAUAGAUACUGUCAUGUCGGCGGGAUAUCAGGAAUUCACUCUGUCAUCCUCACGACUGCUCCAUAUCCAGCUUCCUACUCACGACACCAAUUUUGACCUCGAUAUUCCCGAGAAAGGCGACUACUUGGAUUCGCCACGCUACACCCCUGGAGAUAAAGCCCCUAGCACGCUUGGCUUAGUCAUUCGUAUGAUGUAUAUAAGAUAUCGCGUGCUCGAAUUCACAAAGCAAGCUGUUGCAUCAGAGGUCGUAAUUUCUGAACUCGGACCUCAGGUUGACGCCUUUCAACUGGAGUUCAAUAACUAUCAAUCUCAACUACCAACUCAAUUUCAGUCGACAACUCGGAAUAUCCAAUUACACGCUCACUCUCCAAGUCUGUCGAGCUUCCUGUCUAUCCAGAUCCAUUGCUACAUGGCACAGUGCAACGUAUACCGCCUUAGUAUGGAAGGACUUGUAGAGGCGUUACCUCAGCAUGUACUUGCAGCAAUGGACCAAGACCUCGUCAGGGCCUGCCAGAUACGAUGCUAUAAGAGCGCUAUUUCACUAGCUGAGGUUCUGCACACUGUCUUAUCGAUGAAACCGGACGGCGUUGCACUUGACCUUGACAUCGCUGUUUCCACAUACCAGUGUUUUCGCAUACUUGCUCACGCAAAUUAUACGCUGAAGAUCGUACCAGAAGAUAUGUCGGAAGUUAUCAAGAUGCAUUGUCAAACAUGCAUAGGCUUUCUUGAAACCAUGUUUUUCGAUUGUGAAGCCGCAGUAGCCAUUGUAAGAUCGACCCCCGGCUUCUGUUAUAACCAACUGACUGGCGAAUAG